AUGGAUGUAACAGUACCAAGGGGAUUUCUCACGAUACCUGGAGAAUUGCGCAACCGCAUAUAUGAAGCUACCUUGACCGAUGAGCUUGCCCUCGAGGAAGACAACCUGCCCCAUCUUGUGCACAGAAAAAGGCUCGAAGAUCUAACGGCUCCUACUCGAGCCAAAGAGUGGACCGGCAAAAGAAAAGCGUACGGGUUGACCCAAGUCUGCCGCCAGAUUCGGAAGGAGUACCCAUAUGCGCAAGCCUGCGUGCUACACAUCAAGGAAGAGUUCACAGAGCCCUGGAUGUACGAGGUGGAUGACAAACCGUGGUGGAAGAAGCGAAGUGAGUGGUUGAGCGAGCUUGGUUUUGGACAAAAGCACUAG